AUGUCUACCGCUCCAUCGGCUUUCGACUGCGAAAACGUGAAAAUCAGCGCUGCACAAGCCUGGGAGAAGGAGGUAUGCAGAGUCGCCCAGGCCUUAUUCAAGCCAAAGAGCUGUGCAUUUGCAAGGUUCUUCCCGACAGAUGCCUGCAAUGAGCCUAUAGCGGCGAGUGUUUCAGAAUAUCUCAAAUCUGACAACAAGAUGGACUUAGGCAAAGUCCCUGCCAAAUGCUAA